GAGACACUCAGGAAGUUAACAGGGGAAGUUUAGUGGUUUUUUUGCGUCAUCACUUUAUGCUGCCUCUUGUGUGCCGUUGCAGAGUGAAGGGGGGAAGACUAACAGUUUGUCCAAAGACUCCAGCUUUACAAUGCGAUACAGCUCAAACAGGUGGCAGAGUUUCCAGCAGCAGCAGCAGCAGCAGUGCGCUAGAGUCCCUGAAAUGCACAGGUCCUCCACAAAUUCACUGCCACACUAACGAGAGUUGGAGAGCAAAUCCAGCCCAGGCAGGCAGGAAGGCAGGCUGAGCUGACGGAGGAGCAACGCAGGCCGCUCUGAAUGUGAGGUGGAAACCCGAGGCAGGAAGAGAUGCGGAGAAAUCGAAGAAAAGGAGGCAACAAAGAGAAGGUGUUUGGAUGUGAUCUGCUGGAGCAUCUCACCACCUCUAAUCAGGAGAUUCCCCUGGUGCUCCGAUCCUGCAGCGAGUUUGUGGAGCAACAUGGGAUCGUGGAUGGAAUCUACCGCUUGUCUGGAGUGUCGUCCAACAUCCAGAAACUACGGGGCGAGUUUGAGAGUGACGGGUCUCCAGAUCUGAACAAAGAUGUAUAUCUGCAGGACAUCCACUGCGUCAGCUCUCUGUGCAAAGCUUAUUUCAGAGAGCUGCCCAACCCUCUGCUCACAUACCAGCUGUAUGACAAGUUUGCUGAGGCAGUGGCCAUCCAGCUGGAGGAGGAGAGGCUGGUAAAGAUCAGGGAUGUGCUGAAGGAGCUGCCAGAACCUCAUUACAGGACUCUGGAGUUUCUGAUGCGUCACCUGGUCAAGAUGGCUUCCUAUUCCUCAGAGACCAACAUGCACGCUCGCAACCUGGCCAUCGUCUGGGCCCCCAACCUGCUCAGGUCCAAGGACAUCGAGGCGUCUGGAUUCAACGGUACCGCAGCUUUCAUGGAGGUCCGGGUCCAGUCCAUCGUGGUGGAGUUCGUCCUCACUCACGUCCCUCAGCUGUUUCCUCUGGAAGGCGCACCUACAGAGAGGAGGAAGUCCCUCCCCUCGCCGUCGGCGCUGCCCAAUCAGGAGCUCGUGUUCUUCAGGUCGUCGGGUUCUCAGCCUAACUUUGGGAACAUUAGUCCAGGCGAUGGUCCCCUCGCCAUCAGACCCUACCACUCAAUCAUCGAAGGCACAGACAAGAGGAAAGGAUCACUCAAAGGCAGGAAGUGGAUGUCCAUUUUCAACAUUGGAGGACGAUUCCCAGACCCGCGACGGAAACACAAACAUUCUGCCAAGGAAAAAGACAGAACAUCUUUAAGACCGGCAAGAAGCAUGGACUCCCUCAGCACACCGUCCUACCCAAAUGAAGGUUCCAGGCGCUCUGGGCCGCGUCCUCCAUCCACCAACUUGUCCCCUGCAGCCACCAGCCUGGCUCCGCCCGGCUCAGACUCCGCAGCACCCGCCAGCGGGUUAGGGAGCAGAGAAUAUGCCGUGACCUACCGCAGAGGAACGGGCUUAGUGAGCGGAGGAGCAGGCACCCAGGGGACCUACACGGCUCUGGACCCAGAGGGUUUAGCGGUGCCGGGCAGCGAGGGCGUCCAGACCAGGUCUCCAGGACUCUCCAACAAAGCCAGACGAGCAGCUAUGCACAUCACCGGCCCCACCAUGGUCACUGUGCCGCUACAUAUCACCUCUAACCUGGCGUUGGGGGUUCUUCAAGGAGGUGGCAGUGAUAGGGUCAUUAUCCGGGGAAGAGACAAAGACGGAGGGGACAAGCAGGAUGGCAAGGAGGCAGGGGGAAAGAUCGAGAUCAAGGAGCCAAAAUUAAUGGAGUGGAACGUGGAAGAGAGCAAAAAUGUUGAAGAAAAGGACAAGAGUGAAAAUGAAACAGAAGAUUUGGACACAGAGGGACAUGAAGGGGCAGCAGAAGUCUCUGAGGAGGAGAGGAAUGAAGGAGGAGAAGAGAAAAACGGUGAGGAGCUAAGAAAAGAUUGUGGACACAAGGAGACGGGGGGCCAACAUGUACCGAGAGAAAAACGAGUGAAAAGCCACAACUCCGGCACAGAGGAAGAUAAUCACGAAAACAUGGGAGAUGAAGACCAAGACAGCGAAUACAUGGAAAUGAAGGGAUCAGAGCUGGACUAUCAGCAGGCGGCUGCAGCCUCGCAGCAUGAAGACGACAGCGUUUCUGAUUCUGAUGAUUUUCUAAACUCAACUGAAGCCGAGGAAGACGACCGCAAAGUGUCGGGCUACAUCGAGGACAACUUUGAAUUCCUGGACCUGAUGGACUGCAGCGCCAUGGACCACAUGGACUGCAGUGGGUCCUAUCAGAUUAAUGAGUUCUCCGUCGAGCCUCCUGGUCACUCUGAUGAUGAGUAUGAAGUCAUGGCUCAAGCUGAGAGACCGACGCUGAGUGUGUCAGAGCCGAAUCCACACAGACCGCUCAGCCUCGACCUGAACAGUCGACACACUAAAUCCCUCAGCUUGCCCUACAUGACGUCGCCCAUAGACGGACCAGAGGAACACUCUUCCUCUGACGAUGUUUCAGAAGAUGAGGGAGAUGAAGAUGAUUACAGCAGCGAUGAAGAUGAGAGCAUGUUUGUUAAGAGCCUGCCACCGGACUUCUUCUUGAGCAAUCUGUCUGGGCUGGAAUCAGACAACCGGGACUGUCCCAGUCCUGAUCUAGUCCAGGAGCUGCAGAGGUCUGAGGGAAAAAGCUGCGAACCGUUGGAUGUUGAACUUUCUGUUUGUAAAGAAGCAACUGAGCAUGUGCAGGAAAACGCUGGAAACGAUGAAGAAAAGCAAGAGACAAAAAAGGAGGAAGAGGAUGAAUCUUAUCAUGGAGAAGAUCAGCUUGAAAAGGACACACAGAGGUCAACAGAUGAAUCUCCAAGCGCCGUAGAAGACGAUGAAAGUGAAAAAUGUGUAACUUCAGAAGCAUCAACAAGCUGCUGUGAGGAGCUUCAGGAAACCAACAGUCUGACUGGAGCAAAAGCUGAGGACGGGGAAGAGGUUCUGGAUGAGCCUGGAGAUGAUUCUCUUUUGACAACAAGAGAUGAUACGUCAAAAGACAUUGAAGGACAAGUCAGUGAGGAGGACAAUGCAAACAGCAGGACAAGUAGUGACAUUUGGAGUGAGAUUGAAGAUGUUGUUUGUGAAGUGAUUGAGGAUGAGGAGAGUGAGCAAUCUGAGAGGAAAGCUUCUUCAGAGGCAGAUGUCGAGGAAGAUGGAGAAGUGGAGGAGGAAGACGUGACGAACAAGACAGAAGCGUCAUCACUGGAGCCAAAUGUAGAGAAACCUUCAGAUGAAGAGAGAAAUGAGUUAAAUCAAGAAGCUGAGCAUCAAAAGAGAGAAGAUGCGGUUUCCGAAGAAACAGAAAAGGAGAAGGAAGACGCAGACAGAGCAGAAAGCAGAACACAGCCGAGCGCCAAUAAACAGCCAGUGAUCUCAUCUGAUAUUAGGGACCCAAAGGAAGGAAGUAAUCCUGCAAACGGCAGUGGCAGCCCAGGAGGCGUCGGGAGGAAGCUGGUCGUCUCCAAACAGCCUAAGGUUUACCAGGUCAAAGCCGUGCCGGUAGUUCCCCCGAAGCCUCAGCACUGCAAAAUCACUGCGCUGACCCUCCGUCAGCAGCAGCAGGAACGAGAGAGGAAAGACAACGCUCUGAAGGUCCCCACAGAGCAGGAGCGGGACGGAGACGGGGACAGCGAGACCGCCGAGAAAAAGGACAGGCCGUCAAUGCUCAGAGAGAAGAGGAGGGACGGCCUGGACGCGGCGGUGAGGGACGCGAAGAGGAACAGCCCGCUCAGCAUGUGCUUCGACGAGGCGGUGGCCAUCGCGACGCUGAGGCGGGAGAAAGAGCGAGGAAGAGAAGGAGAGGCGGACCCAGAAGGACUGGGGAAGUGAAGGACAGUAGCUGGGCCUCCAUUACAAAUGUGUGCAAAACUUUGUCGACAUUUCACUUGUGUGGAAAGAAACAAAAUUUCACAACUGCGACAU